ACAUACAUAUCUCUCUACUGCCAGGGAAACCAGCUGAGCCUCUCUUGCGCAAAUACUCCCAGGCACACAGACUCAAACGCACAACACCCAACAGGAAGACUGCUCCACUCACCGGAGGUGCUGGGAACCAUCAGGUUCCCGUCUGAAAAGGAGAAGCUCUAAAUGAUCCCAGUCCUUUGAGGAAUACAGUGGGAAACUAAAUGAAAGCAAAAGGGAUGGGUGUUCAUCCUGCACCUGUUUGACACUGGAGAAUACAUCCAAUAGCCAAAGGGUGGAGGUUUCAAACGAAUCCCUACAAGCCAGCAAGUUUUCGUCAUGUUCACUCCAAGAAAAGACAGCCUCCCCUCACCAAGCCUGGAGGAUUCCUUUUUUCCUCUCUCCUCUUCCUCUGCUGUAUCUCUCUCCUUUGCUCUGCAGUCAACAUCAUCCUCUCAGUCAGGAGGGGAUGAAGGUGGAGCGAUGGAGACUGACCUGAUACUGGCUGCAGAGCUUGGGCAGGCUUUGCUGGAGAAGAAUGAAGAGUUGGCAGAAACUCUGCAGCAGAGAGAGAAAGAGGUGGAGGCUUUACAGCAAGAGAAACAUGUCCUGCAGAGGAAGCUGGAGAUGAAUGAGUUGGAGUCUGGGCAGAAGGAGUCAGAGCUCACUGCAGAUUUAGCUGCACUGAGGGCUGAGCUGGAGAAAUACCACAGCGAGGGGAGGGACCGGAGAAAAGAUGACAGCGAGCAGAUGGCUCAGUUGGCCAAUCACAACCAGAGGCUGGUGGAGCAGCUUGCUGAGGCUGUAACACUGGAGCACUCCCUGAGGACUGAGCUCCGUGCCCUCAGAGAAGAGAUGGAAGAGUCAUCUUUUAGCCGAAGUAUCAGCCUCACGCAAUUGGAAAAUAUGCAAACAGAGAACAAAGUUUUGCAGGAGCGGCUGUCACACCUUGAGACCCGGCUAAAAGCUUCAGAGGACGACAGCCAGAGGCUCCGUGCUGAAAGAGACGGACUGAGGGACAGAAUAUCAGAACUCCAGGUUAAACUGAGUGAGAAGGAAGCAGAGAUAGAGCAGGAGCAGGGGGUUGUGUUUGAGUUAAGGAGCUUGAAUCACUCUUUACAACAAAAAGCACUGAACCUCGGAGAGGACAGUCCCCUGGAUAGUACGCACACACAACCUUUGUCUCUGCUCAGUGAAAUUCAACAGUCACAGGCUACAGAGGCUCUUCUGGCUCAUUCCUCAGUGCUGCAGGCCAAAGAUGAAGAAAUACAAGCCUUAAAGGAAGAGCUUCAGUCUCACCAAAAAGAGCUCGGGUCUCUCAGGGACGAAAUAAAGCUCUGCAGAGGCAGCCUAGAGAAGCCGAGCUAUAGCUCUCUGGAGAGUGAGCUGGCUAAAGUUCAUCAGGAGAAAGAUUUGCUCACUCAGCAGCUUCUGAACACCAUCAAACAGAAGGUGAAGCUGACCCAAGAGCUGGAUGCCUGGCAGGAGGACAUGCGUUUCGUCAUCAAUCAACAGGUCCUGCAAAGGGAAGAGGAGAAGAAGAAAGAAGACAAGCAGGAGAAGGAGAACACAUUUGGACUCCAAAGAAGCAAAUCUUUGAGAGUGAGGGGUGAAGGAGGAAAAGGAUUUUUUUCAUCUCUAUUCAAGGACAAAUGAGAGAAAGCCUCCAUUUUGGCUCCUAUGUCCUUUUGGCCCCAGAUGAUGAACUAUAUGAUCAAUCUCCACAUCAGUAAAUUGAACGUUUACAAAUGAAUGAACUUUUCUCUGUGUGUAUAUAUGUACAGUAUGAUAAUUAUUUUAGACUUUGUAUGAAAAUAUUAAAAUAUGAAGUGAUUUUUUUUCAACA